GUAUAUUUUCCACAGUUUCUCACUAGCUUUUGUCCAGUAAACGUCGCUGGUUUUGGAUACAGCAAAAGAACAUUAUGUUUGCAGCAUUUCACACCUUCUUACUGUCAUGGGCUCUCAUGUUUGUGAUAUUAGGAGUAGUACUGAAGCCUGCUGUCGAAGUCAUAAUGGGGCCAGUGGUUUCCCGAAUUGUGUUCUGGAUGACCUACAUUGCACUGAUAGGAGCGAAGAUAUACUUGAAAAGGAAAACGGGAAUGUGCGAAAGCAGGGUAAGAGUAAUUGGAAAGACGACCAUCAUUACAGGUGCAGACUCAGGCAUUGGGAAGGAGACGGCGCUUGCUAUGGCUUAUAGAGGAAGCAAGAUAAUAAUGGCCUGCAGAGAUGUGGAAAAGGCAAACAAAGCUCGUGAUGAGAUAAUCAGACGCACUGAAAACAAAAAAGUGGAGGUACAUCACCUGGACUUGGCUUCUUUAGCAUCAAUUCGCAAGUUUGCUAACAACAUUAUUGACACAGAGAUAAAAGUGGACAUUCUGAUCAACAAUGCAGGCGCCACCGGUCUGGGAAACAAACGCACAGCUGACAAUCUUCAUAUUGGCAUGCAGGUGAACCACUUUGGACCCUUCCUGCUCACCUGUUUAUUAGCUGGAAAAAUGAAGAAAUCUGCUCCCAGUCGAAUUAUAAUGGUCUCUUCAUAUUUACAUCACUGUGCAAAAUUUGAUAUUGAUAAUCUGAAUUGUGAAAAGAAAUUAAAUGAAAGCCAAGUUUAUUUCUGCAGCAAGUUAGCAAAUAUUAUGAUUGCCAAUGAAUUGGCCAAAAAGUUAAAAGGAACAGGAGUGACAGUGAACUGUGUUCAUCCUGGCCUAGUUUACACACGAACAUGGAGAUAUCUGCCCAGCAAACUUCAACCAGCCUUAAAAUAUAUCUUAACAAUGUUUUUCAAGACUGAAUUUGAAGCUGCUCAGACAUCCAUCUUCGCAGCAAUUGACAAAGAUCUAGAAGAUGUAACUGGAAAAUUUUUCUGUGACUGUAAGGAGAUAAAACCAUCACACAAAGCAUUAAAUGAGGAUCUCGCCAAGAAGGUCUGGGAGAAAAGUGCAGUCCUAGUUGGACUGAAGCCUGAAGAAAUAGAUUUCUAGUGCAAGAAGCCCUUCAGCAGUGGCUUGAAAUAUCAGGUCACAAAUAUUCUCAGUAGCAUCCAAAAGUAUCAUUAAAAAUACCUCUCCAUUUUCUAGUGAGACAAGUAUCUGAAUGGUUGUUUUAAAAGAUGGAAGGCUGUGUUUGGUGAGCAAGUUUGGGUCACUGCAAGAAAAACUAUCAGGAACCACUAGCUUACAGUUUACAGCUCUGGAAGAAUUGUAUCUGUUUCAUCAUAUCUUGAAAUAUAAUAUAAUUAAGAAUGAACUACAAUCAUAAGAAGGCUAAAAAGUGUUAGAACUACACAUGUUUGUUAAUUUUACAUGUUACACAGGACUGUCAAAAAAAAAAUAAAAAUGUCCUGUAGGACAUGUAGGACAUGUAGGACAUGAUGCCAUGUAGUCUGGAAGAAAAAUACCUCUUUACCAGGCUACAUCUGUAUAGUGUAACAUCUCAGAAUACUGUAAUAUUAAGACUCACUGUCAUGAGAACUUCUGAUGUGAUAAUAAAAACAUACUUCACCUGGA